AUGGCCACCAUGAAGCUCGUACUUGUCCUUAUGAUGACGACCAUCGUUGCCGUCUGGGCUCGUGACCCCGAGCUCACAAACGAUUUCGCCGUCCCAGUAGGAAUGAAUGCUUCUGAGAUCACUGGAGAUUUCUUCACAUUCACAGGUCUCAGAAACUUCUCUGCUGCUCCAAACACCUUCGGCUCGAAGAAGGUUACACAGUACAAGCCCAACACUCUGAACCCACCCCACACUCACCCCCGUAGAUCAGAGCUCAUCUACGUCAUGUCCGGACACUUGGACGUCAGCCUCAUCGACUCUGCCAACAAGCUGUACUCUGCCCAUCUCCAUGAGGGUGAUUUGUUCGUGUUCCCUCAGGGUCGUGUUCACUUCCAGAUCAACAUGUCCAAGAAACGGAGUGUUCUCGCCAUCUCUGCUUUCGGUAGCUCCAAUGCCGGUACCAUCUCAUUGCCCAAAAAUAUCUUUGGUUCUGGUAUCAAGGACGAGGUUCUACUUCAGGCUUUCAAAAUUAACUCCGCCGAGUUGAUGAAGUUGAAAGCUCCAUUCAUGCCAACUAUGUAA